GCGCGCGCUUCCUUCUCAGAUCAGCUGACUCGGAGCAUGCGGAAGAGCUACAUUAGAAACGGUAGCAGCCGAAGAGCGGGGAUAAAAAGUUUAAAAAGUCGAAAGUUUGUACUGGGGAAAGUCUUUGUAGUCGUUGAAAGUAGGUUUGUGGUCUGCUUCUGAUAUUUGAAUUCGUUGUAAGCUGUCAGCGAGUGGCAAUGGCACAGAGCGAGGAAGGGGCUGUUGUGAAUGGCACUCAGGUGUCUUAUAUUGGGCAUGAUUCUGAGCUCAUCCCAGAGUUUCUUGCAGCUAGGUAUGGCGAUUCUGCGAAACGACUAGAUCUUAGCUUCAACCUACUCAGGUCACUGACAGGCCUGAAAGCGUUCAGCCAACUGGAAGAGCUGAUUGUGGACAACAAUCUUCUCGGAAAUGACCUCCGGUUGCCCAGGUUACCACAGCUCCAUACCCUCACACUCAAUAAGAACCAAAUCUCGGACAUUGAGGCUUUGCUUGAGCAUUUGCAGGAAGUGACACCAGCUCUAGAGUACCUGAGCCUGCUGGGAAAUGAGGCCUGUCCCAAUCAGCUGGUCAGCCUGGAUAAAGAUGAGGACGAUUACCAGAGAUACAGGUACUUUGUGCUACAUAAACUGAAGAACCUGAAGUUUCUGGACAGCAGGAAAGUCACGCAGAAAGAACAUCUGGAAGCCGAGGCCCGCGGAGCGUUCAUGAAGGUGGUCAAGCCUAAAACUGAGAAGGAUCGUAGUGAUCGCAGAUCAGACGGCAAUUCUUUGCCUUACACUCCACUACCAAGAUCCAAAGAAGUAAAAAACCCCAAAGGGGUGUUCGCCAAGUGCCGUUACAUCUACUACGGCAAGCAAUCCGAGGGCAACCGCUUCAUCCGCAACGACCAGCUCUGAUAAGCGGACGGACAGACCGGGACGAGCGGCCGAGCUUCAUGAAGCCGUCUCCCUGCGCGUCUUUAUUAAUAUCCACAUCACCGUGUGCAUUUUUAAGCAGCUGAACACAGCCCUCUAGUGCCUUCUGCUGAGUGCGCCAUCCCUGCCACCUCUCAUCUCUCGCUCGCUGCCUGAGCCGUGCCACUCACGCUGACAUUAUUGCCUUUAAGCAGCCACACACACACACACACACACACACACAUAUAUCCAAGUGACUGAGCUGACAGCUACUGCUUCAUGAUGGAUUGCCUGAUCCAACUGCUACACUCUGCAGGUCAAAGGUCACACCUGAGGCUCCAGUGUGCCCAUGAGGACACACAGGAUGAGCCCUCUUCAAAGUCAAAGUUAAAGUUAAACACGCAGAAAACGCACUCGCAGACGGUUCAUAUCACUCAGUGUCUCCUGAUACGAAAACACAGCACUGAGCGCGACUUUACAGACUUUAUCUCUCAGGAAGUGCCUCCAACAUUCAGUAAUAAUGUCUUUAAUUGCCUCUCACCAGUCACUGGCGAUAGCGUUUAGAGACAUCUUUCCCUAUCAUUCGCUUUAAGCAAGUGUAUUUCCUCCGACUGAAAACCUAGCUGAUGGAGAUGUAACCCUACAUUUCUGACGUUUUAUUGGCACAUGAAGGGCAUUAACAGGCACCUCGUACUGCAGCCUUGUGUGUGGUCAUGUACACAUCUAGUGAAAUCCAGUGUAUUUUUGUGUGUGUGUGUGUUUGUGUGCGUGUUUGUGUGUGUGUGUGUGUUUGUGCGUUUGCGGAUCCAGUGUGCGAUGCUGGUGUGAUGCGGGGGCAGAUGUUUCCGCGCAGGAGCCUGGAGGAGCUGGGAAAGUGCGUGGUAAUGAGCUUUGCUCUCGUUGCUCGGGUCCAGGAGAGGGAAAAGAGAGACAGGCGAGACGGAGCAGCAGGACUGAAGGGGAGGGAGAGAAGUCAACAACUUCUUCCAUCGCACUUCUGAUUGCCUCCUCGUGUGAUAUGCACACUAUUUUAAUGACUUGCUCUGUAACUUUUGUGUAUAGGAGGGAAAAAAGCGCUCUUUCUUCUAGUUGUUUUAAUGCAUGAUUUGAUACAUCGAACGAAUGAAAUACUUUUUAAUUAAUUUUUAUCUUUUGUUAUGCUUUUUUUUAUAAUUAUAUUGUAAUGUUUGACAUGUUAAAGAGUGAUCUUUCUGGACCAAAGGAACAUUUAAUCCUAAUAACAGGCUAUGUA